AUGACGAGACUGCGUUGCGAUCGUCAAACGAGGGAGGAACGCGUCGCGCCCGUCUUUCUGGCUAAUCUGGCUACGGCUGAAAGUCCUAGUGCAACCGUGGACCCUGACGAUGUCAUAAGGGACGUGUUCAAAGGAGAGCGACUGAAAACAAGAGAAGAUGCGUUUGCGCGUGCCAGGCCUUCUCUGCAAGCUCUCUUCGAGCAACGACAAGCCUUUUUAGCAGAGAAAGUACAGAAACUUCGCGGCGAAUAUCUUGCGCUACAUCAACGCUGGCUGGUCCACUGCGCCAAACUGGAUGAGGUCGCUAAGGCUGCUGCUCUCGAGGAAGCUGCGGCUACUGCUGGCAGGACCACUCGACGCUCUGCUGCUCUAGGAGAUGCUGUCCGAACCGACCUGGAGAUGGAACAGAUCAUCGCUAGCCUUGGUAAUGAAGAGCUCACCGAUGCCAACCAUCUUGCCGCUCGUAAUGCUGCGGUCAUCCCAGACAUGAUCUCUGUUGAGAAGGGCGCUGUCGACUACGCCUUCGAUGACACCAACAAUCCUGUUGAAGACACCGCCAGCUUCUACACCCCCAACACUUGCUUGGAAGAGUGGUCAGAGGAGGAGAUCACGAUCCUCAAGGAGAAAUAUGCUUUGUAUCCGAAACAAUUCGGUAUCAUUUCUGAUUUCCUGCCGCUUAAGACUACUGCACAAUGCGUCACCUUCUAUUAUCUACACAAGAAGACGAUGAUAGACUUCAGAGAGAUCGUAGCGCAACACAACCAAGGCAAACGUAGGCGAGGCGGUCGGCGCGACAAGAAGAAAGGCAACGCACUGUUAACGGACAUUCGGAAGCAUGAUGAAGAGCUCUCCAGAGAUUCGACUCCCAACGGACCCGUUACGAGACGCAGACGACGCGACCCUACGGCGGCAGAAGCCCGACGAUCUGGCCCCUCUCGACGAGGCACGACGCAAUUCGAGAACUCACCUCUAUCUACCCCCACCCCUGAUCCCGAGCCAGAGCCUAGACGAAGGCGGCGGGCACCGAAACUCACCGCAAAAGCAGUCGCAUCUUUAGAGCAGGAGGCCGAUGAAGAUCCUACGGAUCUAGAGUCCAAGCCUAGGCGGGGUCGUCGAGGCCGCAAGGUCAAAGAGACGGUGGUGUCUCCGGACAUGUCUGACAUGCCCGCUUUGUACAACGAGACCAGGUUCAUUGAUCAGACAGAACUGACGUCACGUAGGAGGGUCCCUCCUGGCGCUGUCUACUGGUCGGAGGAAGACAAAGAACUCUUUCUACGUUUGCUAUCUCAGUACGGUGAUGACUUUAAACGUAUAGCUGCCUCCAUGCCCAAUAAGACAACAAUUCAAGUCAGCGUGUUUUACAAGGCGAACAUGGCUCAACUUAAUUUGGCGAGGGUCGCCGCAAGCGCGCCUAAGCGAUCGCCCACGCCGGAUACGGGAACAGACCUGUGGAAGGAAUCGUCCCAGCACGGGUCGGGUGUCAUUACGCCAAGUACGAGGGCUUCUACUCCCGCGGCGCUCGGACAUGAACCUCAGCUUCGCACGAAUGAGCGCACGAGAUCCGCACGAGGUCGAUCCACAGGGGGAGAUAAGAUGCAGCAAUCAAUGUCCGAAUUCGCGGCGGCCACUUCGUCAUCAUCGUUCCAGUUCCACUCAACCUCUCCCGAGAUUAUGCAAGCGCAGUAUGGAUCGGGCGCAUCGAUGGGCAUGGGUAAUCCCGCUGCUUUCAACGCUGUGGGAAUGCCGUUAGGUGACCCCAUUCCGAUGGCAGGUGGGAGUAGCGCGCCGCUCACGACAACGUUCCCAUCGAGCUUCGCGUACGCCAACCUUUCGCCGUCGCACUUUGCUGGAGAACCGCGCCUGCCGCCGCGCGCGACGCCCUUGCGAGGAGUGACGCCGCCCAACGCUCCUGCAGCAGGCACGACGAUGAUGUUCGACGCCGCCAUGUUUACACAGCCACCAUGGGCAUUCAGGUCCUAUAAUUCUCAAGGUGCGUCUACUAGUGGACCACCCCAGAUGCCUACAGCUCUGCAGACCACAGAGGAUCUGGUUGCAUAUCUGGAACAUCGUAGUCUAGUUACUGAAAAACGUCCAUCAGACGACUUCAUGUAAUAUCCGUGGGAUGCAAUUUGAGUCCCUGUGUUCCUCCACUAUUCUGUCUCCUCCAAUAUUUUGUUUACCUUCUAGCUCAUAUACGCUACCGAACACCUGCAAUAGCGUUAUAUAAUACACAAGUUUAUUGUACAGCAUAGAUUGUACAUCGAAUAUCAUUUAUCACCGACGCC